AUGUCUGCACUCUACCAGCCGAGGCCUGCGCUGCCCUCUCAGCGUUACUCUCAGUCUCCAGACUAUGUUGACACAAGGCGUAGUAUGCAAGCUGGCAGAGUUCCACUGAGAGAGUCUAAUGGCAACGCACAAGCACAUGGCUACAACGGUUUGGUCUCGUGCUGCUACCAAAACAACGUGGCAUUGCCUCUCGCCUUGCAGUCCACGAUUCCCCCUCCCGUGGUUCCCUCACAAUCACUUGACUGCCUUUACAGAGACCCAACCCGACGUCAACAGCAUCGCCUCCAGAGAAGAUCCAAGACGCCUAUCAACCCUCUUUAUUUCUGGCCGGCCUUCCGUCAGUAUCGUAGUAGACAAGCCCACAAGGAAACCCAAAAGGACAAAGGCGGCGUCUGGCGCCGAACUGAACUCGAAGAUGCCUUUGUCGACGCCGUGUUGCUCAUGCCCCAUAUGGGUCGUCGCAAGUUCUCCAUGGGUGGCAAGCUGCAUGGACGCAACAUGCUGAUUAGUGAAUACAUUUUUGUCAUUUGCGUUGCCGUCUUGGGAAGCAAGGAGAUUUUUCGAAUCGACAACAGCAAUGAGAGUAUCGAACAGAUGGGACGCAAGCAGGUCUCCAGUCAUAUGCAGGUUGUCAAGAAGUUUUUUGAAGACCUCCGAUGUUUCCAUUUCCUGUUCCCGGCUGAGGAUAAGAAGGAACCAGGGUCCACCAACUCGGAUGACUAUUAUGAUGAAGAAGAGCAAGAGUCCUUCAAGUCCAACCCUGUCCUCACAGCUCUAGCCGAAGGGCGAGUUCCUGAUGUCAAGCCCAACUACGACUAUUUCUCGCAGCUGCUGAGUCUUCAAUCCUCGAUAUGCGUGCGACCAAAGACGUGCGAGAUCUUUGUGUCGUCUUCUGAUAUCAAAAUUCGAGACGACGGUGCUUUUGACGCCCAUGAUACUCCCCUGGAUCAGGCGUCUUUCCCGCACUUCAACAGGUACUCAAACUGCGACGACAGCCCCAACGUCCUCGGCAAAGAUGUUCUCCUGCAUGAGUACACCCGAUCUCUGGAUCGAACCACCUCGGCCUGCGCCAAGACUGUGACUCGCCGGUGGCAAAAGGAUGCCUCGGCCAUGUAUGAGACCCUUGACCUACCCAGCCAUGAUGAGGACUGCUUGUUGCUGGAGAUGUGCGCAACCCUCGAGCUGCACGAGCAGGCCAAGUUCCCAUCCGGAUCCGAACUCACUGGGUUUGUCGAAGUGGCCAUUGCUCAACCGGCGUUGCAUAACCAUCGCUGGAAGUGCAUAACGCGGCUUAUGAAACCAGUCGAGCUCCACAGCGACGACGGCAAGCCGGGGGUGUACAUCAAUGAAAGCGGUAUUCACCGCCGUGGAUGCAGCGACGCCAAGGCCGACUGCGACUGUCACGGUCGCCCUCGACAGGAUAUUCACGUUCCUUUCCCUGCCGUUGAGUGGGCCAGCAUCCUCAGCAUGGCGGUGCAGUAUCCCGACGUCGAGCAUCAGCGGGCGAGGGAGAAGCGGCGCCGGUACGCAAAUGGCCAGGGAAAGCAGCCGGACCGCGCCGGCAGUAAGCGCAAGCGUUCGGACGAGGAGGGCGACGCCGCCUCGUGGUCCCGCCGAGAGCCGAGCGGCAGCGACCUGAUAUGCAAGGUUGCCAUGUAUCAGGAGCUCUGGUCCUGCGCACCAGACUCCAACCAAUGGACCCGACGGGCCAUAAUAUUCUGGCGUUUCAACACGACAAACCAGUGGCACAAAUACACGCCCGUGUUUAGGUCCGCCGGAACCACCUGGCGAUGGUUGACCAUGAACGACCCGAUGUCGCGCUACCACCAACAAAGGGCCUUGAUCUACCCGCAAACGGGCGUCGCAAGAGAUGCCGUCAUGUCUCCCACUCCGUCCAUCAACCAACAUCUCACAGCGGCCAUGAACGAGACGUUUAACGCAUGGGAUCACGGCGGCCACGCUCACGCUCCUCACGCUCCUCACGCUCCUCCCGCCCCACCCGCUCGCCAUGUUGCCCCUCUGCAAACCCCCAACAGCAGCGUUGUCCUAUACGAAUCCUUCUCCAACGGGCUCGCCACGCCUCCACCAACAGCGACGCUGCCCGCAACCUACCCCUCGGGUACGUUUGACAACAGGAGCAACAGCUUCGACGCCAGGAGCGGCAGUUUGGAAGACGACAUGGGGUCGAGCAGCAAGGUGACUUUCCUCCCCAGCAACGGCCCGCCGCCGCCCCCGCAGCAGAGGGACGAGAGACGAGCAUCUCCGCUGGGCAACAGCCAGCCGUUUUUUGAGGACGAAGCGUCGUUCCCCGAGGUCAAGCCCAUCAACACCGCGGCCGCCUCGUACAUGGCCGUAACUGCAUCUCUCGAGAUGCCAAGCCCGCUCGUGUAUGACAACUCUUCAGUCAACUCGAGCAACGUUCCAAGCUGGGACAUGUCUGCCCUGGAAGGCUGGCCAGCAGCUUCGCCACCAACCAGCAGGGCGAACGAAUGGGGGCCGGGGCCCAAGAUUGAAUCCCCGGGUGAUCACCACGCGGCUGCCAUGUGGGGGCCUCCACAGUGGCCCUUGUCUGCUGGAGCGGCGGCGGGCUCGCACGAGAGAGAUGGCAGCCCGAGACCGUUGAAGAGGAGAAGAGAGGCGGCAGAUGCCGGGGCGGCGGCCAAUGCUGCUGAAUGGUAA